AUGGAGAGAAUACUGUUGAGCAAGCAGGGGACUCAUAUGAGCAUGCUGGUGUUUCAGAUGAGCAAGCAGGGUGCUCAGAUGAGCAUGCUGGUGUUUCACAUGAGCAAGCAGGGUGCUCAUAUGAACAAGCAGAGCGUAAUGUCUGACGACGCUGUUGCAUGGAUCUGGGAGUUCAUCCAGGCCACAGGAGUAGAAAGAAGAGAAGACCUGAAGUAUGUUCGAGAGGAGGAUAUGGUGGAGUUCAUCAGGCCCAUCCAGUGUAGGAAACUCCUUGAUUGCUGGAAAUCACAAGCCCACCCAGGCAGUUGUCCUCCAGCAACUCAUCUGUUACAAGCCCUUCGUUGUCAAGUAGUUCCACGUCCUCUCCUCAACCAUCUCCACGUCCACAUAUUAAGAAAAACUAAAAUGCCUCCGGAGCUGCUGUCUACGGUUAUGAGCGGUAAGAGGCCCUCGCCAUCUGACAGACAGCAGUUUGUGAGAGUGCUAGUCGAUGAAAUGAGAAAGCACGGAGCUAACCCUACAAGACCACAAUGCCUCAUCAUCACCAGAAACGGGAUAAGAGAAUACCCCCAAUCCUUUGCCGAUACCAUGGACGAUGGCAAGACAAUGAUUGGUGGAGGCUAUGAAUCACUUCUGAGCCAGGUUAAAGUAGGUGUAGAGCACUUGAACAGGAACAACACCCUUACUCGACAUAGAGCAUCAAAGGAUGCCACAGGGGCUAUCCCAGCCCGAGGACCGGCAGACAGCUAUGGGUGCACAAGAUGGCAGCCAGAGCUACCACCUGAAGAAUCUGAAGAUAGCCUUGAAGGUCUGCGACAAAAGAUGACAAAUAUCUUCAAACAUGAAGGUUUGGGGGGUGCAGGAAGGGGGGAAAUACACAAUUUGAUGGAGAAAACGUAUUAUCUGCAACGCAAAUCGAUCAAUUCCACACCAGCCGCCCCUCUGGAGGACAUUAAAAGUUUCUGCCGAGGAGCAUGUGUGCACACUUUGAACUGCUCCCAGACAUUCAGAUCAUCGAGGGUCAGCUGGUGUGUGAAGGAGCAUUGUUUGGACCACAACUUCAACCUCCAAUAUCAAGAUCACGCUGCCUGCACACUUGAAUUCAUACAGAGAAGCUGUGUCGGGAUCAACCCAGAGAGAGGGACAAAGGAAUGA